ACAGGCAAAGUCAAGAAAAUAAUCUUACCUUCAGGUCGAGAAACACACUCCUAUCUUGUCCUUAACGCGACUCCGGCAACAUGAUGGAGGACUUCAAUAGCGAAACUGACAGUGACUAUACCAGUUACUGGAGAGAUUGGUUCAUCUCCUCUCGCGGAAACGAAUAUUUCUGUGAAAUUGAUGAGGAAUACUUGACUGAUCGCUUCAACCUUACCGGGCUCAACACUGAGGUGCCGUACUACCAGUAUGCCCUGGAUCUGGUGACCGAUGUGUUCGACCUGGAUGCGGAUGACGACCUCCGCGAACAGAUUGAGAAAUCGGCGCGUCACCUUUAUGGACUCGUCCAUGCACGAUAUAUCGUCACCACCCGUGGCCUUGCGAAGAUGGUCGACAAGUACAAGAAGGGUGAUUUCGGCAAAUGUCCCCGUGUGAUGUGCGAAGGGCAACCUCUUCUGCCUAUGGGCCAGCAUGACAUUCCCAAUAUGAGCACUGUCCGUCUCUACUGCCCAAAGUGCGAAGAUCUUUAUAACCCUAAGUCCUCUCGCCAUGCCUCCAUCGACGGAGCCUACUUUGGAGCCUCGUUUCCCAGCAUGCUCUUCCAGGUGUAUCCAGGCUUGGUUCCGGAGAAGAGUGUCGGCCGCUAUGAACCUCGUAUCUACGGAUUCAGAGUUCAUGCGGCCGCAGCACUGGCGCGCUGGCAGGAUCAGUACCGCGAAGACAUGAAGGCGCGUCUACGCGAUGCCGGCAUGGAGGUUAAAUAUGCCGAAGAUGACGAAGUAGAAGAGGAGGAAGAAGACGACGAUGAAGACCAGACCUUUGAUCCGAAGGAGCGGGUUGUGGGCGACGCUGCAUCUGGCCGUAUGGAAUUGGGAGUUUGAGAGACUAUUCUUCUGGUUCUGAUUUCUGUCUCUUCUUGACGAUACCAACGCUCACGCUGGCUUGACCAUGCCCCAUCACUUCCCCUCUCAUAUUGUCAUAUACAACAUAUCCCAUGGCUCGUGGUUUCUCUUAUCCAAGCUACUUGCCUGCGCGUGCUUUUCAAUUUUCCUAAAAAAUACUUCGACCAGGGUUUUCCCGUCAUAUAUGGCAUGUUCCUCCUUUGUCGGUUUCAUGUUGUGGAUUGCUGUUUUCCAUUUGUGGGCGUAUGGAAG